CCCCGUACACAGCUAACUAGAAGAAUCAAUCGAAUCGAAUCGCCGGUCCGGUCGGUGUUGUCCAUUUCGAUUUCAAUCCAAGUAAACUGUGGCUUUUUUUUGGUAGAACGCAUAAGCGUCGCGACGCUUGCAGUAAGUGAGUGCAUCCCAAAGAAGGGAGAGAGUGGUGCUGAGAGAGAGAGAACAAGGAACGUGAGAGAGUGAUAAUCGUAGGAAGCGGACUGCUGCGUGCGGACUAGAAGCUAGCUGGUACCAUCGGUAGCUCCUCAUUCGAUUGCCGGACGUCGUCAAACGGUGAAGUGUCGAGUGUUGUAACACCGUAACUUGUGUCUAGAGAAAGACCUGAUAAAAAAAGUGAUUGAUUGUGUGAAGUGUGGAACUUUGGAACUAAGAAGCAAUCCGUAAGAAGAAACAUGUCGGCUAAAGUGCAACAAGAAAACGGAGAAGUUUGCUCGAGCGGAGAUGCGAGCCUGUUGCCGCAUCUGGAGUCGCUGGACCGUAUGCUGAAGUUGCCGGUUGUGGACGCCACUUGGCAGCAAACGCAAAAUGUCUACGGACGCGUGAAAGGUUACAAUCCCCUUCUGAACUGGGCCUUCGGAACCGCCGAGGAUGUGGUACACCGCGCCGUCACCAUCUCCGCUCCGCUCGUUCACAAGUUCGACCGGCCGCUCCAGCUGGUCGACCAGACCGUCGUCAAGGGUAUCGACCGCCUCGAGGUGAGCGCCCCGAUCAUCAAGGAACAACCGCAGGAGAUCUACAACCAAGCUAAAUCGAAGGUCCUCGGAACCGUGAAGCCGUACACCGAGAAGGUGUGCGAACUGCGACACGCCUCCCAGCAGAAGGCCGCCUCCCUGAAGGAACUCUCCUGGAAGAAAGCCAACGAAGUACUGGCCACCCAGUACGGAAGCAAGGCCGUCAACGGCGUGGACACCACCGCUCAGGCUGCCGAGCGUCUACUGGACUACUACUUCCCCAAGAGCGCCGAAGAUGUCGAGGAUGAUAACGCUCCCAUCCCGGUCAAGGAAGACCCAGUGCUGCACACCGUCCAGACCGUGGGACGCCUGUCGAACAAAGUUGCCCGCCGCGUCUACCGUACCGUGCUGAACCAGAUCAAGUGCCUGCGCAAGGAGGACGUCAAGGACUACGUCGCAACGCUGAUUGCCGUCCUGCACCUGACCAGCUACCUGAACUUCUUGAACGACAAGCGGCAACAGCAGGCCGUGGAAGAUACGCCCUCCGCACCAGUCUCCGCCAGCUCCAGCACCGCCUCCGCAAGCUCAGGCAGCUCCUCCAACGCCUCGGCAGUGGUUGCCACGACCAAGAGCAGCAAGACGCUCCAGCAGACGGAGAACGGUAGCGACGAGAGAACGCAGUAGGCGCGUGCUAGCUCGUAUAACUCGUAACUCUAUCUAGGAUACGUAACGUAACGUUUGUGUGUGAGGGAAUGCAAACCCAUAAGCGAACUGAUUAACUAGUAGAAUGUUAAUGUAAUCGUAGAUAUCUUUUUGCAUUUUUUGUUUCGUUCUGUCAGAUGAGGGACAUUGAUUCAUUCUUGGAUCCACUGGAUGCGGUCCAAGUGACGUGGUAAUCGAAUGUUUGAACGUGUGUUUGUGCGUGUGCGUGUGUGUGAGAAUGGGAAUGAAUGUGCAUUUACAAAAGCAUUGUUUACUGUUGUAGUGCUACACCUAGGAAGCGAAGAUUGUCUAGCUCUGGGAGUUUGUUUUCCACCCAGGAGCCUAGAGAAACCAGAAUCGAAGCGUUUAUAUAUUUUUCCCUAUUUUCAAAACAACAUUUUUAGAUGAGCUAUAUUAUUGUUUACCCGUAUCUUUAUAUUUUUUUUGUAAAAUUAAAAAGUGAAAAACGUAAACAAGAA